GAGGGGGAAAAAAAGAGGCGAGCGGAGCCAUGGCGUCGUACGGGGGGAGCCGGACUCUGAGCAAGGACGACGUGAACUACCGGCUGCACUUCCGCAUGAUCAACGAGCAGCAGGUGGAGGACAUCACCCUGGAGUUCUUCUACCGGCCCCACACCAUCACCCUGCUCAGCCUCACGGUGCUCAGCCUCAUGGCCUUCGCCUUCACCAGGAAUGAUUCAAUCCCAGAAGAUAAUAUUUGGAAGGGCAUCCUCUCUGUCAUUUUCUUCUUUCUAAUCAUCAGUGUUCUAGCUUUUCCAAAUGGUCCUUUCACUCGCCCACACCCUGCAAUCUGGCGCAUGGUUUUUGGAUUGAGUGUUCUGUAUUUUCUCUUCCUCGUAUUCGUGCUCUUCCUGAACUUUGAACAAGUGAAAUCGGUCAUGUACUGGCUGGACCCUAAUCUCCGAUAUGCAACAAGAGAAGCAGACAUCAUGGAGUAUGCUGUGAAUUGCCACGUGAUCACUUGGGAGCGGAUUCUCAGCCAUUUUGACAUAUUUGCUUUUGGACAUUUCUGGGGCUGGGCAAUGAAGGCUUUGUUGAUACGCAGCUAUGGGCUGUGUUGGACUAUUAGCAUCACCUGGGAAUUAACAGAGCUGUUCUUCAUGCAUCUGCUGCCUAAUUUUGCUGAAUGCUGGUGGGAUCAAGUCAUUUUGGACAUCCUGCUAUGUAACGGGGGUGGCAUCUGGUUGGGCAUGGUAGUUUGUCGUUGGUUGGAGAUGAGGACCUAUCACUGGGCAAGUUUCAAGGACAUUCAUACCACCACGGGUAAAAUCAAAAGAGCUGUACUGCAGUUCACUCCAGCAAGCUGGACAUAUGUUCGCUGGUUUGAUCCCAAGUCUUCAUUUCAAAGAGUGGCAGGAGUAUACCUUUUUAUGAUCAUUUGGCAGUUGACAGAAUUGAACACCUUUUUCUUGAAACAUAUCUUUGUCUUCUAUGCAAGUCACCCCUUAAGCUGGGGCAGGAUCCUCUUCAUUGGAAUCAUCACCGCUCCCACUGUCAGACAAUAUUAUGCUUACCUCACAGACACACAAUGCAAAAGGGUAGGGACACAGUGCUGGGUGUUUGGAGUUAUUGCCUUCCUUGAAGCUAUUGUCUGCAUCAAAUUUGGCCAAGACCUCUUCUCCAAAACUCAAAUACUGUAUGUUGUGUUAUGGCUCCUUUGUGUGGCUGUUACAACUUUCUUAUGCUUGUAUGGAAUGGUUUGGUAUGCAGACCACUAUGGACAGAGAGAAAAGACAUUGUCAGAAAGUGAAGACAGCGCGUACAUCCCAGAUGCUUCCUGGUUCAACUCGAAAUUUACUAGAGAUUGCUUUUUAGGAAUGGAUGACAGUCCACCCAAACACUCAAGCAACAACGAGAGCCACUCAUCCAGGAGGAGGAAUCGCCAUUCAAAAACAAAAGUAACCAAUGGAAUUGGCAAGAGAUAGAAAGGGCAAAAGAGGUGAUCCAUUUGUUCCGGAAAUGUGCCUGCAAGCAAAGAGGCCAAACUGGGCCUGGUUCUGGAUUCCCUGCUUGAAGGUCAGCCAGAGAAAAGGAGGAGAUGGAGGGGGACAGCAUCUUCAGCAACCAGAGUCCUUGGGCCUUGUUAAGAUGAAGUUCAUCCAUAUCUUGCAAAUCAUUAGCUGCUGUCACUUGCCACUCAAUGGCCUCAAUCUAAUCUCUUCUGCACUUGACAUUCAAAAUAGUAGUAAUGUGUUUCUAAAUGCAAAGUAGUUACCUGCUCCCAAGGGGUUCAUAGGAUAGUAUUUGACCAAGUCGUACAAAGGCCUUCCGAGGGCUUCUCUUUAGUUGAGAAUGCAAACCCAAAGUUAGCAGCAACCAGUUGGUUUUGUCUGUCUGUUUUUUGCCUGUGGCUUUUAACAUUUUGUUUUCCCUUUUUCUUUGUCCAGCAGACUUCUUCUGACUGAAUGAUGUUCUGCCUUUGUUCUCAAUCUGUCAGCUAAGCUUUUCUGUGGUAUUAGCUCUCUUAGGAAAGCGGCACUCCCAGAUUUCAAUCAACAGGGUGCUAAGUGUUAAAAAUUGUAUUUACAGUUUUGUCCAUUCCCCCCUCUGCAUUUCUAACUCUGCUGAAUCUUCAUUGGACUCACCUAUCUCUCUGAUAGUCCUGAAAUUCUGUUACACAGCUAGGGCUGUGCCCCUGCUUUAUUGACACAGGCAUAGGCCCAGCCUUAUUUAUAAAUGUACAUCCAGUCCUUGUUGAUUUCCAUCUGCUCAGGUGUUUUUGUCAUAUUGGCAUAUGUCCUUCCUAGGCCUAAGCUCUCACAUUGUAACACAUACAAUUCCAGUUUUAAAAUAAAGCCCAUGCGUAAAGCUUUGUGAACUCCAGCCU